AUGGAACUGAGGGAUGAUUCAGGAAUGCAGGCUGUUUCUUGGAAUUUACCAUUAGUUUUCUUUGAAUUCUCUUUAACACCGUCGAUUCGUAAGGCAAAGGAGAACCACAACAUCUCCUUUUUUCUGGCAAUCUCCCUUCCUCCCUCGUUCACUCGCCGACAAACCUCUGUAAUUUCCAGUCGUCAUCUUUCUCAGCUCGUCACUUAUGGUUCAUCCUCUAUAAUCGCUGCCAGGUCCCCUUGUCUUCCUGUUGCAGAGGCAUUAUGUACUAAAUCCUGA